AUGGCGCUGUCACAGCGUCCGGCUUCGCGCUUCUUCGCCGCCUUCUACAGAUGGAAUCAACAUGCCCAACUUUCAAGGCCAUGCGCCUCGGUCUAUCGAUACACUCUCCGCCACACACGUUCCCGCAACGCCAUCUGUGCCCCACGAUACUAUAAUGCGACUCGUCUGUUGCAACAAGACAACACAGCAAGCACGCAGAAAACUGUACAAGAGCAGUAUGCCCCAAUUGACUUGUCCGAGUCGGAGUCGCAGCAAGAGCAACUCAAAAAUUCGGUGCGUGGUUUGAUGCGUGAUGUUCCGAGCUCCGUCGCAGUUCUUACCGUUGCGAGUAUCGAUCCAAAGACCAAGAAACACGUCCCUAUGGGUGUUGCUGUUUCUUCACUCAGCACUGUCAGCCUGGAUCCGCCUACUAUCUCCUUCAAUAUCAAACAGCCCUCCAAAACCUUGGAUGCCAUACGGGCGACUGACGGCCUCUUCCGCGUUCAUUUCCCCACUGCAUCUAGAAGCGGCGCGAAGCUUGUGGAUCUGUUCUCCCGAGGGAACCAUCCAGAUGCUUACGAUCUGCGAUCCAAGCAGCUCAAACUCCAUCAACCCAAAAACAAAAUACAAUAUAGUGUUCCGUCGUCUCUCGCACCGCAGGUCCUGGGAGGGUAUGUACGGGCUGCAAUGGAGUGUGAAGUUACGCACGAGUUUCCCGUCGCAGACCAUGUUAUCCUGGUCGCAAAGGUUAAUGACCUAGAGCAGAAGACUGCGAAGGGUCCCGCAAUCAUGUACAUUAACGGGGAAUACCGGAUCCCAGAAGGCAAGAGUGUCUACGUCGCCGAAAACGCUCAACCUUCCGCAGCUAGCGCAGAUAUUGCGUCAGUGCGGGAAUAUCCAUUGUUCCCAGGAGAGAAAGAAAGACGUCAUUACAUGGAACAAAUCAAGGCCAUCAUCAGAAGCACUCCCGCUUACUACAAGGAUCCAUCUAGAGAGACCUACGAGACCAUCAACAUUAACUUACCAUACCCUGCUGCAGAUUUCGGGAUUGAUCUAGAGCUUCUAACCGCAGAGUGCCGGCAAGAAAUGGGUCUCGGAAGUCCACUGAGGCCUGGAGCUGAGGAUAAGCAGGUCUUGAGUGAAUUCUACGGGGUGCUAACGCCGUCAAUGAGGGAUCGAAUCGUUGACCGGGCAAAGAAAUUGGUAGCACUGGAUGAGCGAUACCUAUCUCAACCAUAUCGAUCGUUCUUGUUCGACUUGGGCGUCAAUCCCAACAGCAAAGACUUCCUACCAAGCGACAUUAUGAAGCAUUUACGAGCAGCAAACCUUGCACGGCGCUUCAAACAGGAUCGAAAACAAGUGAUUGGUGAAACAGAAGACAUUAUAAAAGUUGAACAGAUUGAACACCGUCUGCGAGAGCACCUUCGAUCAAUGAAGUACGAGGACGCACGGAGGGAACCAUUUGAAGUGGCUAUGGAAGCUAUUGGCGAACGAAAGGGGGCGGCCAUGCAUUUCAAGAAAGCACGGGCACGGUUACUUACCCAGAGCCACCCUACGCUUUUCGAUGCUUCAGCCAUAGACAUCACUGGAGAAGUGACAGAAGAAGAACUUCGUGUGGUCUUGUGCCGCCUUAUCAACUACCUAAACGUCAAGUCUCAAAUACACUUUCGACAAAACAUCGAACGCAACCCGCGUGAGUUGUUGCGCCGAGUCCGCGUGGACCCUACUAUUACAGGUAUGGAUGUCGAGCUUCUGGUGGGCAAGAUCAAGCAUUUGUACCUCUCGACAAGAACAUAUCAGGACUUUCUUUUCGCGCUUAAGGAAGCACUGCGACCUUGGUUUAUUUGGAACGUGAGCCGUGACGAUCUGGAAGAGCGAGUCAAGAAUUUCGUCCAGAGUACUCCACUGAGGGCUAUAGCUUGGUCAGCAAAGAGUAGGCUUGCUGCUAUGGGUCUGCACUGGGACGCUACGGUUACGCUACCAAGCAACAAUUCAUCCAAGCAGGUGACUAAACAAUCGCUUCUUAAAGGCGUGAUUCUGGACACUCUUGUAACAAAGGAGCUAAAGAAUUACUAUGGUAGUGGCACUGAGGAAGAGAAUCAGGCUGUCGCCAAGUAUCUAAAGGAGACGUACAGCUUUGACGUCACACCCGCAGCCUCCGACUCUCAAUCCUCAGCUGAUGAGAUGCAACAAGUUAUGGCGACAACUCUAGAAACUUCUCCGGGAGAAGGAGACCGGAGUUUGGAAAUCAUGCGAUUGCCCGGCAAGAGUAAGCGCAUCGAACACGGAGAUAACAAGAAGCAAGGAAGGAAGGAAGCUUGGAGCACAGAUUCCUUUCACUAG